AAACUAAAUAAAAAAACAACAGAAAAAAAAGAAAACGACGGCGUCUUCACUCCUCUCCAGUCUGCGCCACCACGUCCGCGUCCAUCCGCCACUGCCGCACCUCCAUCCGCGCGCCGCCCCUCCUCCCUCCCGGGACGGCCUCUACCCUCGCCGCCGCCGCCGCCCCCUCCCCACCCCACCCCCGCCGCCCGGGAGGAGCCACCUCCCACCCGUGACGAGACGGCUUCAACCCCUCGCCCGCCGCUUCUUCCCCCGGGAAGGGCGGUGCCCGCGUCGCCGGCGGCGAGCUUCUCCGACUCCGGCGACUGAUUCGUCAGAACGUUCCGGUUCCUGAUUGAUUGAUUGAUUGAUGGAUUGAUUGGCCGGGAUAUGCUGAUACCAUUGAGAGGAAUUGUUGACUGAUUGAUUCCUACCUGGUGAUGGCUUCCAAGGCUGUUCCUGAUGUAGUCACCGACAAGAAAUGCGAUAAAACCAUGGCGGCAUCCUCUGAAAUGUCGCAAUCCCAAGAAGUUAUUUCGAGAGGGGGUAAACUUGGGACUGCUUCAUCCAGAGAGACUCUGCUGGGGGAUGUAGCCACGUCCAGUGGGGUGAAAGAACAAGAUAAGGAUAGCUGUUCUGUUGAUGAAUCUGUGAAGCUGGAUGGCAAUGAAGAUGCUGAGAAAAGCUCGUUGCGCGGCAGCGUUAAGGAUAGCUCGGCUUCUGCCAAAGGCAGCGACAGGGCAAGCAGCCUGACAAAGGUGAGUGGCAGCACGAAGGUGAGCGACCAUGCUGCUGACAUUGUUGGGAGCAGCAAGAGCAGUGUUUAUCGAGCCAGUGCUGGCAGUGAUGUGAGUGAUGAGAGCACCUGCAGCAGUAUAUGCAGCAGCGCGAGCAAACCUCACAAGUCGAAUGAUUCAAGGUGGGAAGCGAUACAGAUGGUCCGAACCAAAGAAGGUUCGCUGGGGUUAGGCCAUUUCAGGCUACUUAAGAGGCUUGGUUGUGGUGACAUUGGCAGUGUUUAUUUGUCGGAGCUUAGUGGAACAAAGUGCUACUUCGCUAUGAAGAUUAUGGACAAGGCGUCUCUAGCGAGCCGCAAAAAGCUACUGAGAGCCCAGACUGAAAGGGAGAUAUUGCAGUGCCUGGACCAUCCUUUUUUGCCAACAUUGUACACUCAUUUUGAGACUGAUAAGUUCUCAUGCCUAGUAAUGGAGUUUUGCCCUGGAGGAGACCUGCACACCCUAAGGCAAAAGCAACCGGGGAAGUUUUUUCCGGAACAAGCUGCCAAGUUUUAUGUGGCUGAGGUGCUUCUUGCUCUAGAAUACCUGCAUAUGCUUGGCAUCAUAUAUCGGGACCUUAAGCCAGAAAAUGUUCUUGUGAGAGAAGAUGGCCACAUCAUGCUGUCUGAUUUUGAUUUGUCCCUAAGAUGUGCUGUGAGCCCUACCCUUCUGAAAUCCUCAAACCCUGGGGUAGAUCCAAACCAAAAGGGUAAUCCAUCUUAUUGUGUACAGCCAGUGUGCAUCGAGCCAGCUUGUAUCCAACCCUCUUGUGUUACAACGACCACAUGCUUCGCUCCACGCUUUUUCUCCUCCAAAUCCAAAAAGGAGAAGAAGGCAAAAACAGACAUUGCAAGUCAGGUCAGACCACUUCCUGAGCUUGUUGCAGAACCUACAGAUGCAAGAUCGAUGUCAUUUGUUGGCACCCAUGAGUACUUGGCACCUGAGAUUAUAAAGGGUGAGGGGCAUGGAAGUGCUGUCGACUGGUGGACUUUUGGCAUAUUCUUGUAUGAACUUCUUUUUGGCAAGACACCUUUCAAAGGUUCAGGGAAUAGAGCAACAUUGUUCAAUGUUGUCGGACAGUCCCUAAGGUUCCCAGAAUCACCUGUUGUGAGUUUUGCUGCAAAGGACCUUAUUCGGGGUUUGCUUAUUAAGGAACCACAACAUCGUUUGGCUUAUAAGCGUGGAGCGACAGAAAUAAAGCAACAUCCCUUUUUUGAAGGUGUUAACUGGGCCUUGAUAAGGUGUGCAACUCCUCCAGAUAUUCCCAAGCCAGUUGAGAUCCCUAGGUCAGUAGCCUCAACCAGUCAAAAGGCUACAACAACUGCUGAGAAAGGUUCAGACAAUUAUCUUGAAUUCGAUUUCUUUUAGUGGAGUCUUAUAAAAUCAUUUAUGUGCAAGUUGUAAAGUUCUUUUCUUUUUCCUAGACCUUUUCUGGAUUCUUAUAACUUGAUAUUCAGUUGGCCUAUGCUCCCAUUUCUGUUCUUAAGUUCCUUUUGCAUUUCGUGGACCUCCAUCAAUCGCAUUAGAUUAGAUGGGAGACCUUUCUGUUUAGAACCUGUAAUCCUCCUUUUUUUUUUUCACUGAGCAUUAGGUUUCCUUGAACAACAAAUAAAUAAUUUCUUUUCAAUC